CUGGCCGUCACGCCCAUGACGAUCCCGGACGUGUUCCCGCACCUGCCGCUCAUCGCCAUUACCCGCAACCCGGUGUUCCCGCGUUUUAUCAAGAUUAUUGAGGUUAAAAAUAAGAAGUUGGUUGAGCUGCUAAGAAGGAAAGUCCGUCUUGCCCAGCCUUAUGUCGGCGUCUUUCUAAAGAGGGAUGACAACAACGAGUCCGAUGUGGUCGAGAGCCUGGAUGAGAUCUACCACACGGGGACGUUUGCCCAAAUCCACGAGAUGCAGGACCUAGGGGACAAGUUGCGCAUGAUCAUCAUGGGACACAGAAGGGUUCACAUCAACAGACAGCUAGAGGUGGAGCCAGAGGAGCCAGAAACUGAGAAUAAAGAGAAGGCACGGAGGAAGCCGAAGCGGGGCAAGAAGGAGGCGGAGGACGAACUGCGUGCCAGACGCCAGAUGGAGAUGGUGAUGGAGCCCGCCGCAGCCCCCACCCAGGUGCUCAUGGUGGAAGUGGAGAACGUUGUCCACGAAGACUUCCAGGUCACAGAGGAGGUGAAAGCCCUGACCGCCGAGAUCGUGAAAACCAUCCGGGACAUCAUCGCCCUGAACCCUCUCUACAGAGAGUCGGUGCUGCAGAUGAUGCAGGCUGGCCAGAGGGUGGUGGAUAACCCCAUCUACCUGAGUGACAUGGGCGCCGCCCUGACCGGAGCCGAGUCCCACGAGCUGCAGGACGUCCUGGAGGAGACCAGUAUCCCCAAGCGACUGUAUAAGUCCUUGUCCCUCCUGAAGAAGGAGUUUGAGCUGAGCAAGCUGCAGCAGCGCCUGGGGCGGGAGGUGGAGGAGAAAAUCAAACAGACCCACCGCAAGUACCUCCUGCAAGAGCAGCUGAAGAUCAUCAAGAAGGAGCUGGGCCUGGAGAAGGAGGAUAAGGACGCCAUCGAGGAGAAGUUCCGGGAGCGGCUGAAGGAGCUGGUGGUCCCCAAGCACGUCAUGGAGGUCGUUGACGAGGAGCUGAGCAAGCUGGGCCUGCUGGACAACCACUCCUCAGAGUUCAACGUCACCCGCAAUUACCUGGACUGGCUCACAUCCAUCCCCUGGGGCAAGUACAGUGAUGAGAACCUGGACCUGGCCCGGGCCCGGGCGGUGCUGGAGGAGGACCACUAUGGUAUGGAGGACGUCAAGAAGCGCAUCCUGGAGUUCAUCGCUGUGAGCCAGCUCCGCGGCUCCACCCAGGGCAAGAUCCUCUGCUUCUAUGGGCCCCCUGGCGUGGGCAAAACCAGCAUCGCCCGCUCCAUCGCCCGUGCCCUGAACCGCGAGUACUUCCGCUUCAGCGUCGGAGGCAUGACUGACGUGGCCGAGAUCAAAGGGCACAGGCGGACCUACGUGGGUGCCAUGCCUGGGAAGAUCAUCCAGUGCCUGAAGAAGACCAAGACUGAGAACCCCCUGGUCCUGAUAGACGAGGUGGACAAGAUCGGCCGGGGUUACCAGGGUGACCCCUCAUCGGCGCUCCUAGAGCUGCUGGAUCCAGAGCAGAAUGCCAACUUCCUGGACCACUACCUGGAUGUGCCUGUGGACUUGUCCAAGGUGCUGUUCAUCUGCACAGCCAAUGUCACCGAGACCAUCCCCGAGCCAUUGAGGGACCGCAUGGAGAUGAUCAACGUGUCCGGCUACGUGGCGCAGGAGAAGCUGGCCAUCGCAGAGCGGUACCUGGUGCCCCAGGCCCGAUCCCUGUGUGGCCUGGACGAGAGCAAGGCCAAGCUGUCGUCGGACGUGCUGACCCUUCUUAUCAAGCAGUACUGCCGGGAGAGCGGUGUUCGCAACCUGCAGAAGCAGGUGGAGAAGGUGUUGCGGAAGUCAGCCUACAAGAUUGUCAGCGGCGAGGCUGAGGCCGUGGAGGUGACGCCCGAGAACCUGCAGGACUUCGUAGGGAAGCCCAUCUUCACAGUGGAGCGCAUGUACGACGUGACACCGCCUGGUGUGGUCAUGGGGCUGGCCUGGACCGCCAUGGGAGGCUCCACGAUGUUUGUCGAGACGUCCCCGAGGCGGCCACCAGAGAAGGAAACCAAGGGGGACAAGGAUGGCAGUCUGGAGGUGACAGGCCAGCUGGGGGAGGUGAUGAAGGAGAGUGCCCGCAUCGCCUACACCUUCGCCAGGGCCUUCCUGAUGCUGCGCGACCCCACCAAUGAAUACCUGGUGACCUCGCACAUCCACUUGCAUGUGCCUGAGGGUGCCACCCCCAAGGACGGCCCGAGCGCUGGCUGCACCAUCGUCACUGCCCUGCUCUCCCUGGCCAUGGACCGGCCGGUGCGGCAGAACCUGGCCAUGACUGGCGAGGUCUCUCUCACCGGCAAGAUCCUGCCCGUCGGAGGCAUCAAGGAGAAGACCAUUGCGGCCAAGCGCGCUGGGGUGACAUGCAUCGUUCUCCCAGCUGAGAACAAGAAGGACUUCUAUGAUCUGGCUGCUUUCAUCACGGAGGGCCUGGAGGUGCACUUCGUGGAGCAUUACCGCGAGAUCUUCGACAUCGCAUUCCCCGAGGAGCAGGUCGAGGUCGAGGCCUUGGCCGUGGAGCGCUGAGAGCAGCCCAGGCACUGCUGGCUGCUGAGGACAGGCCCAUUAUGGGCUGACGCUACACUGGGGACAGACUCCUGGGCCUGCAGCCGAACCACCAGGAGGCUCAGCCAAGUGGUCUGGGUCCCAGGGACCUCAAUUACAGCUCAAUCAUUGUGUCUUGUGCAUAGGAACUAUUUAAUUAUGAUUAAAAACCAUUUGCAGUA